AUGGAUAAUCAAAGACAUUAUUUUCUCUGGGAAGCAAAGAGUAUUUUACUCUUUAGUGUAGUUGUUAGUCUUAUAGAGCUUGGCAUAUGCUGCCCAAAGGAGUGCAUUUGUGAACACCUUUUAGUGAACUGUACAGACAGACAGCUUGAAGUAUUUCCCUCUGGAGUCCCAAUGGAUACCAGGCAGCUAAUCCUAACUCACAACAAUCUAACCUAUUUGCCAUCAGUGGAUCUCAAUCUUCUGAUUGACCUAGUGUACCUGGACUGCAGCCACAAUAUUCUGGGAAAUUCCCUGGAAGCCACUUUCAUUGCUAUGCCAUUGGUAUAUCUGGACCUGAGCCACAAUAAUAUCACCAAGAUCACAUCUGCCACUUUCUAUCUUUUGACAAAUUUAGUUGUUUUAAAGUUAUCAGACAAUCCUAACUUGGAGGAGAUUGAGAAAGAUGCAUUUGCCAACAAUACGGGCCUUCGACAGUUGGAUCUCAGUCGGACUGCACUGACUUACUUGGACGUCACUACAGUCAGUGAACUGCCUAGUCUACGAACACUAGGCCUUAGCUCAAACCCCUGGGACUGUUACUGCCCCUUGAAGGAUUUCCUUAACUGGGUGAUGGAGAGUGAUAUUUACUUUACAGGUGAGCAGCUGAAUAAGGUAAAUAUGUAA